CCUCCCCCCCCCUUCGCCAUGCAUUCGUCUCUGCAGUUCGCCGUUCUGCUCAGCAUCAUCUUCCUGGUGGAGAUCGCCGCUGCCAUCGCCGGUUACGUCUUCAAGGAUAAGGUCCGUUCAAUGCUGGAGGAGGGGCUGUGGGACACCAUGAGUAAAUAUGGCGAGGAUGUGCCACUGACAGAGGCAGUGGACAGACUGCAGGAGGAUUUCCACUGCUGUGGUUCCAACAACUACACGGACUGGGCCACCCUUGAGAGGUUCCGUGCUAAUAACACUGUGCCACACUCCUGCUGCCGUGUCAACACCACCAACUGCAAUGUGAACCCCACUGCCAGUACCAUCUAUGUAGAGGGCUGCCAGAAGGGCAUUGAAGUGUGGAUGAAGAAGAACAUCCUCAUCGUGGCCGCUGUUGCGUUGGGUAUCGCCUUCUUUGAGAUCCUGGGCAUCAUCUUCACUUGCUGCCUGAUGAAGGGCAUCCGCAGUGGCUACGAGGUCAUGUAGCCCCCUCCCCCAGGGGCGCUGUGCCAAGCCCACCCACACCCUGCCCUUGCUGCUCCCACCCAGGGGGGCUCCAGGUGGGAAGGGGAGGCAGGGGGGCUGCUCAUCCUGGAGCAGAGCCCCCAGUGUGUUGAUUGUCACUGCCGCUGGAGCCCCCUCUCUGAGUGCCAAAAGGGGCUGGGGGACUGGGAAAUAAAAGAAAAAGCUUCCUUA